AUGAGAGCCCAGAUGGAUGAGCAAGACUCAGCUGGCCCUGAAGCAGGAGGAGGCCCUGCCCUCCAAACUGGGAGCAGUGGGAGAUUAUGGGAAAACUCAGAGCAGAAGAUCCCAGGUGAGGAGGACACCCUCUGCUCAGAGGUGCAGAGCCAGCAGUUGACGCAGUCCGGCUCUCAGGAGGCCAAAGGACCCCGAGAGGCUUGCGGCCGACUCCACCACCUCAACUGUCGGUGGCUGAAGCCAGAAAGUCAUACGAAAGCUCAGAUGCUGGACCUGGUGAUCUUGGAGCAGUUCCUGGCUGUCCUUCCGCUGGAGAUGGAGAGCUGGGUGAGGGAAUGUGGAGCAGAGACCAGUUCCCAGGCUGUAGCCCUGGCUGAAGGUUUCCUCCUGAGUCAGGCAGAGGAGAGGAAGCAAGCAGAGCAGCAGGUGAGAGAGACUUUCCUCUGGAAACUCCCAAGGGGCUCCAAGCAAGACAGGGAGCCUUCCAAGAUGCUCUCCUAACGGCUCGCCCUCUUUGGAGAAGCAAGGGAUGAGAUCUGCUCCCCUAGUUUGCUCUGAUCAUUCCUUUUCUAAUCCUUCUCCCCAUUCUCUGUUUUAAAUCCUUGUUACUCUUUCAGGAAAAGGGUCUCUUUGCAGAAAUGGGCCUGGAUUCCUGUGAGGCAGAAAAGACUCCAUUGGACGCCAGAGGGAGGCCACUGGGUAAGGAGGAACUCGUCUUUCUUCUCAUUCUGUGGAUCUUGAAACUAAUCUUUGGGUUCUGUUCAUCUUUAGGGGGGGAGGCACUUGGGGCCAAGAGCCCAAAGGAGGGCAGAUGUAUUUUGAAGAACAAAAAUUUGAAAUGGGUACAAUGUCAAAAUGCACUCAACAAGCAAGACCUUUUCCAUGGCACAUCUAUGGCGCUUAUCUCCAAGUGCCGAACCUCUAGUUACAGGUAGGUAACCGUGUUGGUCCGACGUGGUUGGAAAAAGAAAAAAAUUCCUUCCAGUAGCACCUUAGAGACCAACUAAGUUUGUUAUUGGUAUGAGCUUUCAUGUGCAUACACACUUCUUCAGAUACGCUGAAACAGGCUUCUGAAAGAGACUUCUGUUUCAGUGUAUCUGAAGAAGUGAGAGACGCAGGACCUGAUGGCUUCCCUUUGACUUUUGUCUCUCUCAGGUGACCGAAGGAUGCCCCCCAGACCUCCUCAUCCGUCUUUUCAUGAGAACGGAGGAGAAGCAGCAGCUGUGGAAACAGAUCUGGUAUGGGGAAAGAGCUUUGUGGGGAAAGAGUCAGAGGAGUGGGGCAGCCAGGGAGCCUCUGGGCCGGAAGGAAUUUCUCCUCCUCUUGGCUUCUGUCAAAGCCUCGGUCCUGAACAAAGAUGGACAAUGCCAUUCGAGAAACUCUAUGUGCUGACAGGAAUGAACAGCCAUCUCUCCUUAACUGGGCUUCGGAAUGUCACUAUUUUUAUGAUUUAUCAGUAGCUGCAGUUAUAUUUCUGUAUUGAUCGUUAGAUGCCAAAAUCUAAUCAGGCUUCUAAGCAGUUGAGAAGCCAUAAAAAACAGUGGCCGGAAUUCACCUAAGUAGCCCCAUGAGCUGCACAACGGGGAUCCCCCUCCUCCUCCUCCUCCUCCUCUCUGUGCCCCCAUGAGCCCCUUGAAGUUGGCUGUAGGGCAGAGGGAGGGUCCCAUCGCCCCCCAAGCAUCGCACAGCGGGAGUAGAGAAGGGAGCAUUCUGUCUGGCAGACAGGAAUACUUCCACAGACAGAAUAAUUUGAAGAACACCAUGCGGAGUUCCACCCAUUCACACAAAGAUUAAUACCCAUCAUUAGAAUGCACAGUAAAAUAAAUCAUUGAAAUACUAAAAUAGGCAUCCAGACCUAAAAUGUGCAGCAAAAUAAUCCCAUUAAAAGAACACAACAAGGAAUGGGCAGAAACAACUGAGCAAUGUAUAGUGGAUAAUCUUUAUGCUGUCUCAGAAGAGGACCUUUUUCCUUUUCUUUCAGGGUCCUCUGUGCUUUGAAGAUGUCGCUGUGUGUUUCACAGAGGAGGAGUGGGCUUUGCUGGAUCCUGACCAGAGAGCUCUGCAUAAGGAAGUCAUGGAGGAGAAUCGUGCGACUGUGGACUCUCUCAGUAAGGAUUCCUGCUGGACUAUAUGUUUUGAAAUACACACACACACACACACACACACACACCCCUACCUCCACCUGUGAGAAUCCUGCAAUAUUUUGAUGGCGCUUGACAGCACCUGGGAUUCUCAUUCCCCGUAGCUCACCUUGAAUCUACUGUUCUGUCUGCGAAUAUUCUUGCCCCACAUAUGCCUUUUUAAACCAUGACCAGGCUGGUCUGAGCAGCCCAGACCUUACUGAAUGUAACUCUCUGUGUGGUAGCAGAAGAAGUAGCAGCUUCUGUCACUUUCUGGUUGACCAAAGAGACAACUGGCCUUGCAGAUGGAGGAGAUUCCAUGAUUAGGCCAAACAAGAUCCAUCAUGGAAGAUGCCAGGCUGUUUGAAUCUCAGGUUCCCAUCAAUCUGUGCGUCAAUGAGAGUCAAUAAAGGCAGUGAACCCUGUAGUAAGACCUCAGAUCUAACACCCUUCCGUUCUUCAUCGAUCACAAACAUUCAUUAGCAGUCUUCCAUAAUUUGGGGCUCUUUCUUCCUAAGGCUCUAAUGUGUUUCUCUCUUUGAUGCAGGUGGAGAUGGAUUGGAAAUUAUGAACAAGGGAAACCGUGACAACAUUCACACAGUGGGGAAGUUGUAUAAAUAUUUGGAGUGUGGAGAGAGCUCCCAUUCUACUUCCCAUAAAAUAUAUCCUAUUGGGAAAAAUCGUUAUCAGUACUUGGAAGAUGGUAAGACAGUUCGUCAGAAGACAUUUCUCACUUUCCCUAAAAGAACUCACAGCAGGGAGAGACCAUAUCAGUGCUUGGAAUGUGGGAAGAGCUUCAGGCAGAAAGCUAAGCUCACAGAUCAUCAAAGAAUUCAUACAGGGGAGAAACCAUACAAGUGCUUGGAAUGUGGAAAGAGCUUCAAACUGAAGAGACAUCUCACUUAUCAUCAAGCAAUUCAUAGUCGGGAGAGACCAUAUCAGUGCUUGGAGUAUGGAAAGAGCUUCAGUUGGAAGGACCAUCUCAUAUCCCAUCAAAGAAUUCAUACAGGGGAGAAGCCAUAUCAGUGCUUGGAAUGCGGAAAGAGCUUCAGGAAUCGGUCCCAUCUCACUUCCCAUCAGAGCAUUCAUACAGGGAAGAAACCAUAUCAGUGCUUGGAAUGCGGAAAGAGCUUCAGGAAACGGGCCCAUCUCAUACGCCAUCAGAGGAUUCAUACAGGGGAGAAACCAUAUCAGUGCUUGGAAUGUGGAAAGAGCUUCAGGCAGAAAGCUAAGCUCACUUCCCAUCAGAGCAUUCAUACAGGGGAGAAACCAUAUCAGUGCUUGGAAUGUGGGAAGAGCUUCAGGCAGAAAGCUCAGCUCACAGCUCAUCAAAGAAUUCAUACAGGGGAGAAACCCCAUCAGUGCUUAGAAUGUGGGAAGAACUUCACUAGCAAGAAUAGUUUCACUUCCCAUCAAAGAAUUCAUACAGCGGAGAAACAAUAUCAGUGCUUGGAAUGUGGAAAGAGCUUCAGGCAUAAAGCUAAGCUCACAGCCCAUCAAAGAAGUCAUACAGGGGAGAAACCAUAUCAGUGCUUGGAAUGUGGAAAGAAUUUUAGUCGGAAGGAUUCCCUUACUUCACAUGAAAGAAUUCACAGAGGAGAGAAACCAUAUAAAUGCUUUGAAUGUGGAAGGGGCUUCAUUAGGGGCUGCCAGCUCACUUCCCAUCAAACAAUUCACACUGGGGAGAUACCCCAUCAGUGCUUAGAAUGUGGGAAGAACUUCACUAGCAAGAAUAGUUUCACUUCCCAUCAAAGAAUUCAUACAGGGGAGAAACCGUAUCAGUGCUUGGAAUGUGGAAAGAAGUUCACCUGGAAAAAAAGUUUCACAUCCCAUCAAAUAAUUCAUACAGGGGAGAAACCGUAUCAGUGCUUGGAAUGUGGAAAGAGCUUCAGUCAGAGAGGCCAUCUCACUUCCCAUCAGAGAAUUCAUACAGGAGAGAAACCGUAUCAGUGCUUGGAAUGUGGAAAGAGCUUCAGUCAAAAGCAGGAUCUCACUUCCCAUCAAAGAAUUCAUACAGGGGAGAAACCACAUCAGUGCUUGGAAUGUGGAAAGAGCUUCAGUAGGAAGAGAAGUCUGACUUGCCAUCAAAGAAGGCAUACAAGGUAUGAACCCUAUAAAUGCUUGGAGUGUGGAAAGUGCUUCAGUCGGAAGGACCAUCUCACUUCCCAUCAAAGAAUUCAUACAGGGGAGAAGCCAUAUCAAUGCUUGGAAUGUGGAAAGAACUUCAGUAGGAGGAAAAGUCUCACUUUCCAUCAAGGAACUCACAGCAGGGAGAAUCAUGGUAUUUGA